AUGUCGCAAACAGACGACGAAAUCAAACAAUUACCCCAAUCUGCGACGACCACUUCGCAGAAGACUCUGCAGCCGGCACACGACUAUGAACAGGUGUUUCGAAAAUUCCACCAGCACACCUUGAGCGAUUCGUCCAAUACGUUAGGCUCAAACGAAUCGUCACCUACAACUACGAUAUCGACUGUGGACGACUCGAGUGCCACUGAGCCUUCACCUGGAUCCUCGCCCGAAUCACCACCUCCAUCAACAUUCGCAGUUGGCAUGCUACGGCCACGAACAGCAGACGACAGCAGGUCUCCCUACUUCGAACUCCAAAAGCAGCCACCGCCUAGGAAAGGUCGGAAUUUGAAAAAUCUUGCUGUCAAUACGUCUAGGCAUACGGCCAGGGCCGCAUCGACAACAAGCCUACCCAUUCAUGGACCUUCAGACGACAAGUCCACUAUACUCUCCCCAUCUUUUGUAAAACCACCUACUCCACCGCGGCGAAAACCAAGUAAUUUGGGUCUUACCAUCCUCACGCCUGGAGGUGCCAAACCACCCCCGCAAGAAGUCAGGCUAGCAAUUCCCCCAACCCCUGGAUUCAGCAGGCCAGGCACGUUACGACAUUUCCAAUCAUCCCCAUCUUUGCCCCUGGUACCUGGCCUCGGUCUACCGCACAGCAACCAACUCAUACAGCAACAAAGAACACUAGACACGAUAUUCUCGCCCAUCGAACCCAAAGAGUCGCCCCAGGAAGAGGAGGAAGACGAGCAGAACUUUGACAUUCCGCUGUCGAAAGAGGAAAAGCCUGAAGCUUAUCCCGAUGGACCGAUAUGUGUCUACGACCCGAAUAUCGACCUCUACCUGGAGCCCACAGCAGAGCAGGCCAGACAAUACGAUGUCAUCAUGAAUGUAGCAAGUGAGGUACGGAAUCCAUUCACAGCACAUCAUGAACCGGCUCCGGUGGAACCUGAUGUCCGCAUUGACGGCGGAGGCGGCAUUCAGUAUGCUCCCAAGCGGACACGCCUUGCCAUUCAAACCCAGGAUGGUAAGCCAAGCAAUAUUGAGAGUUCUCCAACGACCCCAAAAGCGACCCCACUGGAGACCACUUUCCCCAAGCCUAAUCUACUCGCAAAGGACCCAGAGUACAUCCACAUUCCAUGGGAACACAACAGCGACAUCGUCCCAGACUUGCUACGCCUGGUCAAGCUCAUAGACGAGAAGGUCAUCGAGGGCAAACGUGUUCUCGUCCAUUGCCAGUGUGGUGUGAGCAGAUCAGCGAGUCUUGUCGUUGCUUAUGGUCUCUACAAGAACCCGUCGAUGAGCGUGCAAGAAGCUUACGAUGCUGUGAAGAAGAGAAGCAAAUGGAUAGGUCCAAACAUGAACUUGAUCAUGCAACUUCAGGAGUUCCGAUCCAGCCUUGCUCGAGGUGGCCUGCUCCCAGGAAACCGUGGACUCAGCCCCCUGACACCCAGCUCAGCGUUGAGUGAAUGGAACGGACCAUUCUCGAACAAGCCCUCCCCACUGGCGACAAGAGAACCACUCUCGGCUGUCGAGCCACCGUCUGCGAGUGCGCGGAGUCCUGCUGAUGACGCAGUCGUCAGCCCUGGACCAUCUUCGGCUCCUUCUGGCUUCGUCUGGCCUCCAAAUGACAAACAACGCGGACUCUCGCUCGACCCAGCCAAGCCUACUACCGCGUAUGUGGAUCCGUCUGGACAUGUUGUCCCUGUCUUGAAAGUUAUCGAGGCGGAUAAAGUGCCUUCACGAAAACCUCUUGCGGAGGAGAAGAGACCUUCAACCUCAGCAGAAACUCAACUAUCAUCUCCACGUACGGCUGAAUUCGCCAUGACACCAUUACAGCCUUCGAGGGAGGCUGAUCCUGCAGACACCUUUGGACUGAUGUCGCCCACUUCAACCGAGUUCGCUGCCAAUCCGUUCGACCGAUCAGCUCUUCUGGCAUCACUCGGGAUGGGGUCCAUGCGAGCAGACGAGGAGACACCAAGACGAUCACUCUCCCUUCGGAAUCGAGAGAGGCCUCAACCGAACGGUGUCGACGGCCAGCGACUGCAACCCGAGGGUGGCCGCAAACUCCGACCAAAGCUCUCAUCUCCCACACUACGCGAACAACAACAGCUUCAGAGCUUGCAGGCCAAGAUCGAAGCCACGCUUCCCGUACGAAACCACCACUCUGCACAGCUCAGGCCAGACGACGACGCACCUCUAAUGUCACCCCGUGCAACGGAAUUCACUUCCAACCCGUUUGCACUUUCCCUUUCCAUACCUUCAAAUCCACCGCAGGACACCACAUCGGGACCACCUCGAACACCCGAUGCGGAUCCUCGCAGUCCAGCUCACAAGAGCCAAAGUCCGAUUGUUCGGAACAUCUUCGACGUAUUAUGA